AUGUUGCGAUUAAACCAGCGCCACAAUCGGGAGCAGAUGCUUCAUGCCGUUGCUCAGCUCCAGGAACGUCUUGGCGGCCCUGUACCGACUUCUGAGCUUACUUUGAUGGCCAGAGGCAAUCUUCUGCCUCCUGCAGCCUCCAUGAUGACACUUACUAGUCUGGAGGCCGACAGACAGCUUGGGGUAGCGCAGGCAGCAGAUGUUGGAUCGGAAAUGGCAGGGGACAGAUCCUGA